AUGUCGAGCGGAAAGAAAACCCAAGGUCGCCAAAAGGUUGAGAUGAAAAGGAUGACCAACGAGAGCAACCUGAAAACGACUUUCUCGAAGCGCCGUAGCGGGCUCUUCAAGAAAGCUAGUGAGCUUUGCACUCUUUGUGGUGCUGAUGUUGCUCUAGUUGUAUUUUCACCUGGUAAAAAAGCAUAUUCCUUUGGUCACCCCAAUGUUGAUACGGUCAUAGAUCGUUAUAUCUCACGGGUUCCGCAUCAAAACAAUGGAACCGCGGGAUUAAUCAUUGAGGCUCGACGUAAUGCCAACGUUCAUGAGCUCAAUUCUCAGCUGACACAGAUCAACAACAUAUUAGACAUCGAGAAAGGGCGUAUGGAUGAGUUGAGUCAAAUUCACAAUAUGAAUGAGGCUCAGUAUUGGUGGGCUCGCUCCUUUGAUGGGAUGAAUUGGGAUCAACUUGAAUUUUUGAAAAAUAAAUUUGAGAAUUUGAAGAAUCUUAUUGCUCAACAUCCUAAUAGGCAUGUAAUUCAGGGUGCUCCAACCCAAACUCUACCAUUUUUUGGUGGAAAUGCUUCAUCCUCUAACAUGCCUCUCCACCAUCAACCAAAUCCUAACCAAGCUCAAAUUAUUCUUUCGGAACAGAUUUUUGAGAACCCUAUGUUGCAACCACAUUUAUUUGGUUUCAACAAUAUGGGAGGAGGAGGAGGAGGAGGAGGAUAUGGACCUUCCUGA